AGUGUCUCUCUUAAAUAUUUCAGUCUUUGUUCAUUGUUAACCAUAAUGCUCGUAUCUCUAAAUGCGGGUGCAGAAACAGAAAGUUACGUUGAGGACGGCAAGGUGUUGCAGAGCACAGGAAACUCAACAAUCCCAUUAAGGCCAAAUGAAGAGGCUGAAUUCAAGCACGAGCACGCUGUCGUCGAUCCAGAAAUGGUCGCUUCCAUGGUUGAUAUGAGCAUACGCAAUAACACAGAGAGGAGGAAAUUGGGAUUCUUCUCAUGCGGGACAGGAAAUCCUCUUGAUGAUUGCUGGCGCUGUGACCCAAACUGGCAACGCCACCGCAAACGCCUGGCCGAUUGUGCCAUUGGAUUUGGGCGCAAUGCCAUUGGCGGUCGUGAUGGCAGGUUCUAUAUAGUCACGGACCCUGGUGAUGAUGACCCUGUUAACCCCCAGCCUGGAACACUUCGUCAUGCCGUAAUUCAGGACAGGCCUCUCUGGAUUGUGUUCAAACGGGACAUGGUGAUCACCCUAAAGCAAGAGCUUAUUAUGAACAGCUUUAAGACAAUUGAUGGCCGGGGUGUUAAUGUUCACAUUGCAAACGGGGCUUGCAUAACCAUCCAAUUCAUCACCAAUGUCAUCAUUCACGGCCUCCACAUACAUGACUGCAAACAAACUGGUAAUGCCAUGGUUCGAAGCUCCCCAAGUCACUAUGGCUGGAGGACAAUGGCUGAUGGUGAUGGCAUUUCCAUAUUUGGUUCGAGCCACAUUUGGAUUGAUCAUAAUUCUCUUUCCAACUGUGCUGAUGGCCUCAUUGAUGCCAUCAUGGGCUCUACUGCAAUUACCAUCUCUAAUAACUACUUCACUCACCAUAAUGAGGUUAUGUUAUUGGGCCACAGCGACGGCUACGUUAGGGAUAAGAAUAUGCAGGUCACCAUUGCCUACAACCAUUUUGGGGAGGGGCUGAUACAGAGGAUGCCAAGGUGUAGGCAUGGAUAUUUCCAUGUGGUAAAUAAUGACUACACUCAUUGGAAGAUGUAUGCGAUUGGUGGCAGUGCUGAGCCAACCAUUAACAGCCAGGGGAACAGAUAUCUGGCCCCUGCCAACCCCUUUGCUAAAGAGGUGACAAAGAGAGUGUUGACAAAUGAAGGGGUUUGGCAGCACUGGAACUGGAGGUCUGAUGGGGACCUAAUGCUGAACGGAGCCUACUUCACUUCAUCUGGCCUUGGAGCUUCGGCCGGCUAUGCCAGAGCCUCCAGCUUAGCAGCCAAGUCCUCUUCAUUAGUGGGAUCCCUUACCUCUGGUGCUGGGGUCCUUUCUUGCCGCAGAGGGCACCAAUGCUAAUCGGAUCAAAAGUACACUUGCUGAAAGAGUAUACAGCAGUGAUUAUAAAGUUGAACAUGUAUCCAAUUUUAUCAUUCCGUAAGAGCUACUAAACUGAAGCCUACCCAAUUUUCCUACUCCAUCCCUUUUCCAGAAUCUUUUCCUCAAUUCUGUCCCUAUUGGUAUCUUAUCUCUCGCGUACAUCUUUUUUCACGGCAAACGAAGUCAACCCAUCUCAAUCAUCUCUAAGUCCCGGUUCCACCUAUUGUUCAACCUCGGCCUGCUUCAGUUUCAAACUUUGAAACUUUGAGGGGCGCAGAAGCCGAUGUUCCUUGCUCUAUCCCUGCAUCUCUCAUUCCUCUUCCCAUGCAAACAAUCAUUUUUCUUCUCUUUCAUUUAAAUUUUUAGAGUCCAUUAAUUUGACCUCCCUUUCUUCUGCAUGCGAGGGGAAGAAUCUCCUUCCUAUAUGCCUCAAAAUUGCUUAUACAGAGUUUUAGAGAUUGGAGACAAGAAAAAAGAAAGAAGAAACUCAAUUCUAGAACGAUGUAAUUAUGGUUUGGACUACGUAGAAAA